AUGGCCGUCGUGGGUUAUAAACCUGUAGCUAAAAUAAAAAGCCUUGAGCAAGAUGAGAGCCUUCUGGAAUAUGCUGAUUUUCGAGAUUUAAAACAAAGAAAAUAUAAUAAAACAACGAUGGUUUUUUCUGGAAAACUGAUAAUUCUCAAACCAUAUGGAAAGGCACAGAUCAUGAUACAUUUAUCUAAAAAACUUGGAAAUGGAUAUAUUCCAAUAUCCCUGGUUGACUCCAGGAAACGUGAUUAUUGUGAAAUGUUAAAUAAUCCAGAAUGGCAAAAAGAAUUUUUUCAAGGUUUCUUCAGUUAUAUAAACAUACCCAAUAAUUGCAAUCAUAUACCGGGAGAAUAUCAAAUGACUAAUAUGGGCUUACUUGAUAUGCCAGAUAACAUGCCUUAUGGAGAUUAUCGACUUGAUCUGGAAUACUUUAUGAAUGAUAAACCUGCUGAUGUUUAUGGACGCGAUAUUUGUGCAACUUCCCCCCUGCAACGUUUUUUCAGACUGAUAGCUGAAACACAACGUAAUCAUGUUCAUUAA